AGCACGAGGCACGGGCUCGUCAACACCCGACUCCGUCCACUCCGCCCCGAGUUUCCGAAAUCCAAAUUCCUACACCACUCCUCCCUCCCUCCUCCUCCCGUUCCGCGCCUGCACCGCGCCUCGAUGGAUGCCGCCCAAAACCCUAGGCUGAACUGAACCCUCCUCCCCGAGACGCGGCCAUGGCGGAGCCGGCCCUCCUCGACCCCUCCUCCCACUUCGACCUCCGCCACUACCCGCCCGGCCUCUUCGACCCGGACCUGCACCUCGCGGACGACGACGACGACCUGCCGCUCGGGAAUUUCGGCCUCGGCCUCGGCGGCGCCGGCGGCGACUGCGACGACCUCGACUUCGACCUGCCCGCGGAUUUCUCCGUCGAGGACUUCCUCCUCCGCUCCCCUGAGCGGAGCGACUCCGCCGAGGGCUCUGCCGCCGGAUCCGGCCCCACCGCAUCCUCGUCCUCCCCCGCCGCCUCCGGCACCGGCUCCGCCGUCGCCGACGCCAGCUGCGAGGUCAAGCACGAGGAGUCGGACGAGGGGAGGAGCGCCGCCGCCCCUAGCUGGGGCCUGAAGCGGAAGCCGGCGAGCCCCGCCCCCAGCUCGGAGGCGGCCAAGUGCCGCCGAUCCGGGGACGGUGAGGUCUCCCCUUCCGCGUCGGCCUCGCGGCCCGCCGUGGACUCCGACGAGGGAGGCGCCGUCGGCGAGGGGGAGGACACCAGGCGGGCGGCGCGGCUGAUACGGAACCGCGAGAGCGCGCAGCUGUCUCGGCAGAGGAAGAAGCGCUACGUCGAGGAGCUGGAGGAGAAGGUCAAGUCAAUGAACUCGGUCAUAAACGACCUCAAUUCCAAGAUCUCCUUCAUUGUGGCCGAGAAUGCAACACUGCGGCAGCAACUCGGUAGCGGCGGCGGGAAUUGCGCACCGCCUGGGAUGUAUCCACCGGGAGCAGUGCCCGGCAUGCAUUUCCCUUGGGUGCCUGGGUAUGCCAUGCGGCCUCAUGGUUCCCAUGUCCCUCUUGUACCAAUUCCUCGGCUAAAGCCGCAGCAGCAGGUGACCGCAACCAAGGCCACAAAGAAACCAGAGAACAAGAAGGCCGUGGACAGCAAGAGCAAGAGCAAGACCAAGACCAAGAAGGUGGCAAGUGUUAGCCUUCUCGGUUUGAUGCUUGUUAUGCUCGUCUUUGGUGCUUUUGUUCCAGGGUUCAAUCACAAUUUUGGAUUGAGUGGGGGAAGUGACAAUGCAAUGUUUAGGAAUUUUGGUCAGCCUCAUGAUAGGGUAGUCAAUGUCAAUAACCAUGGUCAAGCACCUAAAGGGGGUUUGAACAAUAGUGACAUGACUGGUGUUGAUUCUGGAAUGAUGAUUGGGACUGAUGGCAGUGCUGACCAGAAGCAUCAACCUCCACUUAACUCAAGUGAGACCUUGCCUGCUUUGUUGUAUGUGCCAAGGAAUGGAAAGCAUGUCAAGAUCAACGGCAAUCUGAUUAUUCAUUCUGUGCUUGCAAGCGAGAAAGCGGUAGCACAUGGGACUUCACAACACAACCGUGACCAGUCAGGUAUAGAUCACAAAGAGACAAGUACAGCCAUAGCUCGUCAUCUAUCACUGCCUGGAAACAAUAUGAAUCCACAAGAGAAAUCCCCGGUAGAUGGACCAUUGCCGCAGUGGUUUCGUGAAGGAAUGGCAGGGCCUAUCCUAAAUUCUGGAAUGUGCAGUGAGGUGUUUCAGUUUGACGUUUCCGCUGCCACCAAUUCCGGUGGCAUAAUACCUGCUUCUCCAGCUGUGAACUCCUCGAGUGUUAAUGCUACUCGAAAGGUUCCAACACCAGCUCCUGCUUAUUACGGCAAGCUGAAGAAUAGGAGGAUCAUGUACAAUGAGGCGAUUCCACUCACUGGGAAAACGGCGAACAACACAGGGCCUUUCAACAGAACUUCUGAAAGCAGCAAGUUACCUGAUAAGAAGCCAGCAUCGUCGGUAGUUGUUUCUGUGCUAGCUGACCCCAGGGAGGCCGGUGACGGAGAUAGCGAUCCAAGGAUGACCCCGAAGUCCCUCUCCAGGAUAUUUGUUGUUGUUCUCCUUGAUGGUGUCAGAUAUGUCACAUACUCCUGCACCCUUCCUUUCAAGAGUGCCAGCCCUCAUCUUGUAAACUAACCAAUAAUCAUGGGGGUCGAUGUGUUGUCAUGGUUCUCAAGCAGCUUUGCUGGCCCCGACGAAUCUGAUGGCCGAUAGAUUAAAACGACCUGAUGCUGUUGUCUAACCAAGGAAUGAACUUUCUAUUCACUCGGCCUGAGGUAAUUCAAGUUUGUCGAAGGUUUGAAGUGGUGUGAGCUAAAUGUGGUUCUGCAGUUUUAGGCUAUGAGUGCAGUUUCUGUGCUGCUGUGAUAUAACCAGGAUCUUAUGCUGUACUCUAACCUUGUUGUUAUAAUGUAAUACUGUUUGAGGAACUUUUAAGACAAAAUAUACAUGUAGUUUUAUCUCUCCA